GUGCCUUCAUAGUAGGAUUCAUAAUAUUGAGUGUCACAAGUUUGAAGGAAAGCUAUGACAAGCAGCGCACACACAUGAUCGUUGGAUAUGCGACGUAGUCUCGACAGAUGCGAUAUCGCUCACGGUGGAGGAUGGACAAGCGAUCGAGUUCAACACAGUUAAGCGCUGAAACUCCAGACAGUCCCACAGGAGCUCAUGUUGAAUGGUGUAAACAGCUGAUUGCAGCCACAAUGUCAAGUCAAAUCUCAGGACCCAUCAGCUCAGAGAUGAUCUCUAGAGAGUACAAGGACUGUGAUGUGGAAGUUAAAGGAUUUCUCUUGGACACUGACCCUCAGCAGACUGCCCCCUCUUCGGCACUGAGAGAAGGAAAUAAGCAGGCUCAGAUGGAGGAAGCGCCACGUGUACCUGGAGAAUCUAUCAAAGCUAUCGUCAAAGACGUGAUGUAUAUCUGUCCGUUCUCUGGUGUUGUGAGGGGCACUUUAACCAUCACUGACUACAAGCUCUACUUCAAGAGUUUGACUCGGGAGCCUCCCUUCGUGUUGGAUGUGAAUCUUGGAGCAGUAAGCAGGCUGGAGUCGAUCGCUGUUCAGAGUCAUGGAGAAAACAAUCAGGGACUUGAAAUAGUCUGCAAGGACAUAAGGAACGCCCGGUUUGCUUACAGAAAGGAAGGCCAGAGUAAUGUGGAGGUGUUUGAAAUACUGUCACAGUAUGCUUUCCCUUUGUCCCACAACCUGCCUCUGUUUGCCUAUAAGUGUCGAGAGAAGUUUCCAGAAGAUGGCUGGAAGAUCUAUGACCCAGUCGCUGAGUACAAGAGACAGGGUCUGCCGAAUGAGAGCUGGAUCAUCAGUAAAGUGAACAGUAGUUAUGAAGUGUGUGAGACGUACCCAGCCCUGCUGGUCAUGCCUUCAAACGUCACAGAAGAUGAGCUGAAGAGAGUGGCAGCUUUCAGAGCCAAACGCCGCUUCCCUGUGCUGUCCUGGAUUCACCCCGAAAGCCAGGCGGCAAUAGUUCGCUGUGGUCAGCCUCAGGUGGGCCCAUCAGACCGCCGCUGCCGAGAGGACGAGCGCUACCUGCAGACGAUACUCGACGCCAAUGCUCAAUCCCACAAACUCUGUAUCUUUGAUGCAAGACAGAGCACUGUGGCUGACACCAACAAAGCCAAAGAUGGAGGAUACGAGAAUGAGAGUUUCUACAUCAAUGUGGAGCUGAACUUUCUGGAGAUCCCCAACAUUCAUGUCAUGAGAGACUCGCUUAGAAAACUUAAGGAGGUGGUGUAUCCUGCAAUCGACCAACAACACUGGUUCUCAUCGGUGGACUCCACACACUGGCUGGAAUACAUCAGGCUCCUGCUGGCAGGUGCGGUUCGUAUCGCAGACCGAAUCGAGUCUGGAAAGACGUCGGUGGUGGUCCACUGUAGUGAUGGCUGGGACCGUACGGCUCAGUUGACCUCUCUGGCCAUGCUCGUGCUAGACGGCCACUACCGCUCGCUCAGGGGCUUCCAGGUGCUGCUGGAGAAGGAGUGGCUGAGCUUUGGACACCGCUUUGCCUCGCGUGUGGGACAUGGAGACGGGAAUCACGCCAACUCUGAGCGUUCUCCUCUCUUUGUGCAGUUCAUAGAUUGUGUUUGGCAAAUGACCCGACAGUUUCCCUCUGCAUUUGAAUUCAACGAGUUGUUUCUCAUCACUGUCCUUGAUCAUCUGUACAGCUGCCUGUUUGGGACGUUCCUCUAUAACAGCGAGCAAGAGCGAGUCUCAAAGGAAGUUUACAGCAGGACUGUGUCCCUGUGGUCUUACGUUAACAGUCAGGUUGAGGAUUUUACGAAUCCUCUGUAUGUGAACUACGAGCACCACGUUUUGUACCCAGUAGCCAGUCUGAGAAAUCUAGAGCUUUGGGUCAGUUAUUACGUACGCUGGAACCCUCACAUGAGGCCACAGGUUCCUGUUCAUCAGAGUCUAAAAGAGUUGUUGGUUUUGAGAUCAGAGCUGCAGAAGAGGGUGGAAGAGCUGAAACGAGACGCAGCUUCUCAUUCUCUUUCCUCUUCCUCAGAGCAUGAGGGGAUGCCAAUGCAGACUACCGUCUGAGUAUACAGUAGAUCUCAGUGGUCUUGUUGUCUGUUGUUACAGAGGAAUAAAGAGUGUUUAUAUCUGUUUGAUAAAAUCCCAGUCUAAUCUCGUGAUCUAUACCACUGCGCAUGCACGUUGCACACAUGACCAUAAUGUGGUCAAUGCUGCCCCCUAAAGGCCACAGAACCACUGACCAAAUCGCAUAACACUACAGUUCAAUAUAUAUAUUGUAAUAACAGUAUUUCUAUGCCGAAGCCUGUAUGGUCUUGGCAAUUCAUCAGCUAUCAUUGUCAGACAUUUCAACAUCAAAGCCUGUGUUCCCAUACAGUAUUUUCGAAGCACAAAAUUAUUUUACCCCAGUUUUGAUAAUAAAAUGUAGUCCAUGAAGCAUGUACAGAUGUUACAAUUGUUUUGCUGGAAAUGUUUUUUAACUCUUGUAUUGCAAACACCAAUUAUUACUUAAUACUCAAUUUUAUUUUAACACGCACUAUCAUGUAUACAUACGUUUUUUAUUCCAAAGGUUUUCUUAGUAGUACAAUUAUUACUAUUUACUUUUUAAUAUACAAAUUAAAGGUUUUUAAGUAGUAUGACUUCAUUUUUGUAUAACAUUCAUAUAACAAAUGUCUAAUUUGUACACCCCCAAAUGUUUUGGCUGACGGUUUUAUUAGUUUUGUAUAAAAACAUUUGUUAAACAUUGAGUUUUGUGACUCAAGAGUAACAAAUAUGUUACUAAAAAUGUCUGGUGCUGUACUGUACAAUUUUUAUAUCUGCAAAUCUGCUUUUAAUUACAGAAAACACGUAACAUUUGAACUGUGUAUUUAUAAUAAAC